AUGGCUUCUCUCCGCUAUCUCGGCCCCAAAGCCGCCGCAGCUUUGGACGAGGAACUCAUGUCCAGCGGCGCCUUUUCCAUCGAUCAGCUCAUGGAACUUGCUGGACUCAGGUAACAAUACCAUCCACUGUACAACACCGCACCACUCUAAUUAUCCCGACAGCGUCUCCCAAGCCCUCCACACGCUCUCCCCACCCACCAAGACUCCCCGCAUCCUCAUCGCCUGCGGCCCAGGAAACAACGGCGGCGACGGCCUCGUAGCAGCCCGCCACCUGCACCAUUUCGGCUACAACCCCUCCAUCUACUACCCCAAACAAGGCAAGAAUGAACUUUACGGACGUCUGCGGAAACAAUUGGAACAGCUCCGGAUUCCCUUCAUUCAGGAUUUCCAGUCCCAGCUCUCGCAGUCGGAUCUUGUCGUCGAUGCCAUUUUUGGGUUUUCCUUCUCUGGCGAGGUGAGGGAGCCUUUCCCAAACGUGAUACAGGCUUUGGCGGAAUCCAAGGUACCGGUGCUGGCGGUGGACGCUCCUAGUAGCUGGAAUAUUGAAACUGGACCGCCUUCGGAAGGACCUGGGAAGGAGUAUAAUCCGGACGCUUUGAUUUCGCUGACGGCGCCGAAACCGCUGGUCAAAUGGUUCAAGGGAAGACAUUUUGUGGGUGGAAGAUUCGUGGGUAGGGAGAUCGCGGAGAAGUAUGGAUUUGAUGUCCCGCCUUUUAAGGGUGCUGAACAAGUCGUGGAGAUCGGGAGAGAUGGAGGGAUGCUAUGA